AUGAACAAAUUAAAUUUUGAAAUGCUAAAAUUAAUCAAGGAGCAAAAGAGCCAAAUUGACUUUUUAGCCAAAGGAUUAAAAAAAAUUGAUAACCAUUUAUUAAGGGCUGAAUUAGAGAUUUAUAUUUUGGUUACUUGUUUACGAAUUGCUGCUGAAAGAAUUGGUGAAUAUAAUGGCUUUUGGAAUGAUGUUGAUAAUAUCACCAAACAAGCCGCUGAUUUUAAGCAGUUUUAUUAUUACCAAAAGCUACUUAGCGAAGCAAAUAUAACUAGCAGUAAACCUGAUAUACCUACUCAAGUUAAAAAACUAAUUAUUUUGGGAGACUAUGGAUUUCUCCAAAUUACCCCGCAUUUUCUCAAAAAAGAAUAUUUAGAAAAAGAGAUAAAUAAGCAUGAACACGAAGAUAUUUUAAGAGAGUUCAGUGAAAAAAUUAAAAAAAUUAUUGAAUUUAUUGACUUUUUACCUCGCCGUUUAAAUCCUACUGGAAAGAAUCAACAUCUCCGAAGAGAAUUUUUGUUAACUAACAUUCAAGGCUAA